CCCAAAAAGCUGGAAAAAGUCCAGUUCUACACGGAAUUCCAUCCUCCACCCCUACCCUGGUUGGAAGAAGGACCAAAGAGCGGCGGUUCUUCAACCAAAUCCUUCAAAACAAUGAGGUCGAAGAGGCUGACAGCCAAAUACGGUAGCAAGACUGAGUCUAGGAAGGGUGGAGCGUUGGACCCUGACGAGGUGCAGAAAUACAAGGAUGCUUUGGAGCAAUGGGAGGUGAACUUGAGGCUGGAGAAGGAGAAGAUGGUACUGGUCAGCUUAGGAUUACCAGAAGGUGUUAUCUUCCUGGAGAAUCCAACUGUCUGCAUGUGGAACGAAGAGAAGAAAUCGUGGUGGGCUGGGGAUAUAUACGAGGUGGAUCAUGAACACAGCGAAAGGAGGAUAACGUUUAGGGUAUCCAGAUUUGGGCUGUUUAGUCUGGCAGUAAGGAAGUACCAAAACUAUCCUUACAAGAGCUGGGACAUCAGGCCUAAUGACGACGAUUCUAUCUCUAUAGUACUGGAAGGUUCCAGAGUUACAGUCAAUCUGACAAUACAAGAAUCGGAUAUCAAAGUCGUGGACUUUGAAUAUAGGCUUUCUGAUUAUCUGGUCGGAGAGAGAGGGUUGAAUAGCUUGAAAUCGAAGAGCUGGAACCUUCCUAGAUUCAUCGAGAUGAUGCAGAGAAGUGGUUUGGACAUGUUUCCUGACCAUGACGCAAACUGUUACUACACAGCAACUAUGGAGAAGCAUUGGCCAACUGCUUACGUUGCCUACCACGCAAUGGCCCAAACAGCCAUCCGCUAUAAUUUCUCCAGGUCUAAAUGGAACUCAGAAAGUGGGAGAAGAUCCAUAGUACUUCGUUUAAGGGAGUAUGACCCUACAGAUGAAGCUGCUAUUCUUCGCACCUUCGAUUUGGUCCAAGUUACGCCACUGAGGUCACAAGUGCUCGUUUGCACUGAAGACGACGAGAAUUUCUCAGAUGAAGCCAGUAUCUUGUACAAGUUCCAGCCAAACUUGCAGUAUCUGCUGAAAUCCAUGAGUAAAGUGACGAAUAGGGCAAAGAUCAACGACUUCUCACCAACCACCAUACAUACAUUAACUGAGUUUUUGACUCGUACCAGAAUAUUCAGUUUUUCAUGAAUUUAUUCACUCCACCUGAAGCUAUAUUUGUCUAGUUCUUAAGUUUUGAUUCUUCCUAUUUUAUUUUGAUUUAAGGAAUAAAUAAUUCA